AGGUACUGAGAUGAGUCGUAGAUCGAGAGCAGGAAGGCAUAGGCUGUAAGUAAAAAGUAGUUUCUUAUCUAGCUUUUUCCCCAUUGAUUCAGUGAACGCAUAAAUAAAAUGUCGACGUUGCCAGCGCGUUUGCAUGCUCUGCACAGAGCAGCAGGGGCGGAUCCGAAUUCACUGGGAGCAUUGCCUGAUAAAUUCCUGCGAUUACUACCAGAAUUGUCGCGUGACAUUCAGUGUAGAGAAGCAUUACAUGGACAUCAUGGACAUGCUACGCCUUCUUCUUCAGUUAAGUCCUCGUAAUAUUGUACAAACAAGAUGUCCGAUUUUAUAUAGUUUGAUUUUAUAGUUCCAUACGCAGCAGUUUAGCGCAUUAACCCGUUUUUUAAUUCCGCCACCCCCUCAUCGUCCUAGAGACAUUCAAUAUUGGAACGCAUAGGAUAAGCCGAAAAUGAGGCGCCAAUAGACGCCAAUAGAGUAAUAUGGUCUUGGGGUGAUCAAUAACCUGGUAUCUUUCACGUACCUUGUGUGUGUGUGUGUGUGGUUGUUGGAUGAUUGCUCCAUGGUAUUCACUGUAAUGAAACACUUUCCUACGGAGUUGAUAAUUGAACGCUUACGUUGAAUUUCAUUUCCAUCCGCACAGCUUUUUAGCUCGUUUUCUAAUUCCGCCACCCCCUCAUCGACACCAACGAGCAGCUGUCCCACAAGACUUGUUCUACAAUGUGGUGGCGCUUCAUCAUCAUCGAAGAUUCCAUUAUCGAAGAUGGUUCCUCCUAGACCAUCUGGUUUUGCAGUUUCUACAUAUGGAUGUAGUCUUUUCCAUCUGCUUAGGCAGACAAACAUCACGGCUCCCCUUUAAGCUACACACCUUCCAGGGGUUUGCUGAGGCUCUUGGUCAAAACACAAUAAACUCUUCAACAUCGACCUCAUGCCAGGCACAUCAAUCAAUCAAUCAAUCAAUCAAGGGGGAGCCUCGAUGGUGUGAGGGAUGGAAAAAAUGGACGUCCAUACUGCAUCAAGGUCUUCAAGCGGUGCCAAAUUCCCUUGGGAGAUCGAAUUUGCGCUGUGUCUCUCCGCAUUCGCCAAGUCAAGCAAAAGACCAAAGUAGGGCCAAAGAUUUUAAGUUAAACUUAUAGUUCUUUAUUUAAAUUUGAUUCAAAUAUGUACGUAGGGACUCGUUCUUCAAUCAUCUUCUCGUAUGCUGACGUAAGAUGGUAGAAGGGACAGGAAAGGCUACUUUCUCCAUUUGAAUGUGAACGUAGGGACUCGUUCAUCAGCAUUCUCUAUGACGUAAGAUCCUAAAAGAGAACAAUAAAGGUUCCAGUUUAGUUUUUGGAUAGAACAACUUAAACAAGAACACUAAGUUAGCCCCAGGAAUUUACAACUAAGUAGUUCUAGAUGUGUUUCUCACUUUCAUAGAAAACACGACUUUUGGCGCACGGUGCACGAGUUCAGUACGCAGCACGUGAAAAAGCUACCGACAAGACAGCUUUGCCUUCUGUGUCACGCGUUCGCCAGUGUGCAGGAAAGGUCAGGGGGUCACUUGUUCGAGGCAACGGGGAACACUUUCUUUUAACAAGGCUCAAUGCAAUUCUAAUUCAUUUCUACAAGUCAACAUCUCUUGCUGUCUCCUUCUCAGGAUAAUUGCAAGAAAUGUAAGUACGCAAGAAAUGAAUCGUUUUGAGCUGCAAUUCUUUGAGGCAGCUGCAGUGGAGCUUAAUUUCAGGUCGGACAUGAAUGACAUCGACUAUGCAACACUCCUGAAUUCGCUGACUCGAGUGCGACUUUCCAUCGCUCUGCGACAGAAUGUUACGGCUACUUUGAAGUAGAUUUUUCUUUGGAGUCUAAGCAAAAUGUCUGUUCAUUUUGUAGAUGAUGAAGAUCGGCGAUAUUAAUGAUCUCUCGUACCACAGCGUCAGCAUAUUAUUUUCCUCUGCUUCGCCGCAAAGAAAGCACCCACUUAACGUUAAUAUUUGCCUCUUCUAAAUAGCAUUCCGCCAUACAGGCUUUGGAGGCUUUAGUGAAAAAAAGAGCCCCACCUCGGACUGCGCGGCCGCUUUCCAAUGUUUGUCAUGCGAUCGCGAGGUUGGAGGUGCGGAAUCAAGGACGCAUCGUCGAUGAUGAUUACGUCAAUCAGAUCAUGCGUUUAGCUCCACAACUAAACUUAUGAAACUUAUGAAACGUACCCUCGUCUGACGACUGACCUCGCGUGAGCGGGCAUACUCAGUGAGGCACGACGAGCAGUGACACGGUCACGUCCGCUGGGUUCGGACUGCCGCGCAUCGCCACUUGAUUGAUUGAUUGAUUGAUUGAUUGAUUGAUUGAUUGACUGACCAUUUUUGAUGGCACGAGUUGGCACAGUUCGAGUUGUUAUUUUCAACACUGCAAGUUCUAGUUUGAGUUGUGUGCAUUACUAUUUCGAUAUGAAUUACCAGUCUGACAUAUCUUGAAUAUACGUGAGGCCAGCAACGUAUGAGGUCGUGUCAGUAGUAUUUCUAAGAAAACCGCAGGAGCAAGCGAACCUUUUGA